AUGGAAUGUCAUUGGAUUUUACUAUUAUUGGCAAUUGUUGUCAGUGUAAUUCAAACAGCACCCGUAAAAGAUGAUAGAACUCCGCGUUGUGGUGUACAAGAUGGUGGCCAUGGCAAAUUCGCUUUAGCUCAUGGAAUCAAAUGGCGUAAGCGACAUAUUACCUGGGCAUUUCUUGGACCAGCUCCUCGACGAAUUGGUCAUCAACGAACAAUCCAAAUCAUUAGUGAAGCAUUUCAACGCUGGGCAGAUAUUGUCCCAUUAGAAUUUACUAACGUUUGUGCUACGUGCAAAGCAGACAUUCCAGUUUCAUUUAAAUAUGUCGAUGGUAUGUUUUCAAUGAUUUUCAUCGACCAAUUAUUACGAUCUUUUCUUUCAACAUUAGGAGCGAUGAGAACAUUGGCAUAUGUACAACCGAAUAGCCCGGUACCCUACUUUGACGACGGAAAACCUAUUAUGGUGUUCGAUAAAGACGAAAAUUGGUCUCAGGAAUUUUCAACGCAUAACAAUGGUCAAAUUAAUUUGUUUUUGGUAGCUGUACAUGAAAUUGGUCACGUGAUUGGAUUACAUCAUGAUGAAGAUCCUAAUGCGAUUAUGUACUUUCAACACAGAGAAGGAAAAUUUCGCAAACAAGAUAUCGUGCCACCAAUUGAUAGAUCGGAAAUCCAAAAGAUAUACGGAAGAAAGACUGGUGGUAGAGCAAAUCCAAAACCUACAAUACCAUCACCUUCUGACGAUGAUGACGACUCGGGAGAAGUUAUAAGAAUACCACCACCUUCAAAUCACGGCGGUGCCGACAAUGAUGAUGAUGAUGACGAGCAAGGAGAAGUUAUAAGAAUUCCAGGGCCAGGAGGAAGACCAACAGGAGGAAAUGGAAACAAUUGUGUCGAAAAGACUAUAAGAUUUCCUGGUGGUUAUAGAACGGAACGACGUUGUAGUAGUUCACAUUCUUCAUCAUUUAGUUUUGGUUCUAACUUUCAAAAGUGGAAGUGA